AUGUCUGAUAUAGGUGAUUUACCGAAACAUACAUUUCUAUCGAGGGUGUUUGGAGUAAAUCAGAGUUCAAAAGAAGGAGCAAAUUCAAGGCCACUAUUUAACGACGAUACACAAGAAAACAACUUUGGAUUGGAUGGAUUUGAUGAAAGUUACCCGCAAGACAAUGAUUCUGGAUUUACAAGUCAUGCGUUUCAAUCACAUACAAGCAUCCACAGUACUGAGAGUUCCGACGAGACGGAUGAUGAAGAAACGGGAGAUGCUGCUCACAUAGAUGUUUCCAAAUUAAAGGCCAAAAAUACAGUAGUAAAGGUGGCAAACACAAAAAGGCCAACUGAUUCUGAAUCAGCAGGCAAGUCUAAAUUGGAAACUAGGCGAAAAGAUUAUCAUGUGCAAAGCAAUCAAGUACCAAAAAACAGACUGGGGCAAAAUAGAAUACCGACAUCAGAAACUGAGAUAGAGUCAGAAAGUGAAGCAGAGCCCGGUAUACAUAGUGAGGAAGAUGAGGAAGAAGGAGAAGAAGAAGAAGGUAUAUUUAGAUACAAUCCACAGAAAGAAGCAAUUAGAAAGCAGCUUCAGUCACAGUUCGAGGAAGAUAACAUGGUUGACUUGGUACCAGAAAGCUUACUGCUUGGAAAUGGAAAUGCCUCAGAAAGCAGGACUACACAUCCAUCAUUUAGAGAAAGACUUGGACGGUCGAUUAUGGAAGGAAUCAAAGAGACUGAAGAAAGUAUUGGUCCAAGUCUCAGUCAGAUGAGAUCGAAAGUUAGAACUUUUGCCAAGAAUAAGCUACCAAAAAUGUCGGCUAUACAGCAAUCCUACAGAAGGCUUCCCUCUGAAAACAAUACCCUGGACGAAGUUGAGAUGAAUGGAUUUGGAAACAGUAGGGCGAGAGGUAAUGCAUCAUCACAAAGAGCAAAUGGGUUAGCCGGCAAGAUUCCGAUCCUAAGUCCAAUGGAACGCGCUUUAUGGAUAUGGGCCAAUGUGACAAACCUCGAUCUUUUCUUUCUGGACGUAUACCAAUAUUACACGGGGAAUGGAUUUCAAUGUAUACUGCUCAAGAGAUUGAGUGAAAUGGGUGUUGUUGUAUUUAUUGUUGUACUAACGAGCUAUAUGGGGAAUUGUGUUGAUUAUUCGAAGCUUUUAAGCGGUAAGGCCACAAAAUUGUCCGAGGUCACGAUUGCUCAAUGCCAUACUAAGAUGGGAUCUGGACAGAAGAUGCUAUACAUUGCUUUAUUUGCCAUAUUUUCCGUUCGUGCUUUUAACGGCUAUCGGAAGCUGAGAGAAUAUAAAGGUAUCAAGUUAUUCUACAAUUACCUUCUAGGAAUCUCGGAUGACGAACUUCAAACAAUCGGCUGGCCCGAAAUUGUGAGAAAGAUUAUGAUAUUGAGAGAUCAAAACACCAAUGCCGUUGUUUCAGGUAACAUGGCGGUAGAUGAUAAUACGGAGCCGACAGAUUUAUCAUCAAAGAAAAAGUUAAGUGCCCACGAUAUUGCAAAUAGGUUGAUGAGAAAGGACAACUAUAUGAUUGCACUAUUCAACAAGGAUAUAUUAGCGCAACAGUUGAAAAUACCGGGCCUAAACACUUAUUUUCUUACAAAGACCAUGGAGUGGAAUUUGAAGCUUUGCAUAUUCGACUAUUUGUUUGAUUCGGAGGGCCAAUUAAAGACAUCUGUCAUGGAUGAGCACAGCAGGUUGAAGAUGUCCCAGCAGCUUAGUAAGAGGUUUCAACUUGCUGGUAUGUUGAGUGUUAUUAUAACCCCUCCAUUAGUGCUUUAUUUUCUACUAUACUACUUUCUCAGGUUCUUUUACCAGUUUAAAAGUGACCCUGGUUCGAUGAGCACCAGAGAAUUUUCACCAUACGCUUACUGGAAGCUUCGAGAAUUCAAUGAACUCCCGCAUAUAUUUCGAAAGCGUUUGCGACUUUCUGUUGAAGGCUCUAAUGCGUACUUGAAUCAGUUUCCGAAAGAGAAAAUGGACAUUGUGUUGAGAUUUGUAUCAUUUAUAUCAGGUUCGUUUGUGGCUUUACUGGCAUGUCUGACUGUACUUGGCCACGAGAACUUUCUUAAUUUCGAACUUACCGAAGGAAGAACAGUCCUUUUCUACAUGUCAGCAUUUGGCACACUCUUCACCAUUUGCAGAAGUGCUCUAUCAGAUGUGAAUUCCGUUUUUGAUCCGGAAGCUUCAUUAAGAUAUGUUGCACAGUUCACACAUUAUCUUCCACGUUCUUGGGAAGGACGAUAUCAUUCAGAAGCUGUAAGAAGUGAGUUCUGUAAACUUUUCAACUUGAAGAUUGUUUUGGUGCUUAAGGAAAUAGCCAGCCUUAUAAUGCUGCCAUAUUUUCUAUAUUUCCGUCUUCCCAGUGCUUCAAAACGGAUUGUGGAUUUUUUCAGAGAGUUUAGUGUGCAUGUUGACAAUAUUGGAUACGUUUGCAGCUUUGCAACUUUCCACUUUGAUAACGCGGACAGACCAACAAACAUCUACCUGGGAAAAAGCGAUAAGUGGGAUAAGGAUAAUGUGAUAAAUGAUUACUAUGCGUCAAAUGAUAACAAGAUGGUGAAGUCAUACCUGUAUUUUCUGGAAAGUUAUGGCAAUGGUAACUUAGUGGGAAAUCAUUCAAAGGCCCCAAAGCUUCAACAUGAGAUUCCAUCGUUGGCUAUCAACUCGAAGAAACAUAAUGUAUCAAAAGACGAUGGAAAUAAUGCCAAUGCUCACUUUGUCAAUACAAAUAUUCCAGUUCAAGCGCAGUAUCAGGCCACAACUUCAUCGCAGAAUAUCCAUCAUAGAUUAUCACCGGGAAAACAGCAAGUAACGGCGGCUUCGAUAUAUUCUUCAGGGUAUCCAGAUCAACUCGAGGAAACCACUGCCGGAUUAUCUCCAGAUACGAAGCAUUACUUGAAAAACAUGAGUAAUAGUUAUCUGCUUGGAGAUUCAUUUGAAAAUAGCAAUACAGACUAUAGUCACAAUCAUAACAACAAUGGCAAGGGGAAGUUAAAAAACUCAGGAGGAGUACUUGCACUACUGAACGGAGUGUAUAAGCAACCAGACAAACGAGCUGAACCGUUAUAG